CCCUCACCCAGCCCCCAGCCUGGCCGCAACUGCAGCUGGAUGGACUUCUCUCUGGGCCUACGCUUGGGGCCUCGGAAUAAGAAGGCUGCCCACCAAGAGCCUCCUGCCCGCUCUAGGCACGGUCCACCUGCUGCCUCUCCUUGUCUGUCCUGUCCCCCCUCUGCCUGUUCCUUCCCCUGCCCUGGCUAUCCCCCACGCCCCUGCUCCUGCACUGCCUGUCCCUCUAAUGUAGCUCCCUGCCCUGCUUGUCCCAGCCUCCCGGGCCCACCCUGUACCUGCUCUUGCCCCUGCUGCCCUGCCUGUCCUCCCUUGACUUGUCCCCAUAACUCCUGUGUCUCAUGCUCUGGUCCACCCUUGACCUGCUCUCACUCCUCACCCUGCCCGGUUUACCCUUGCUCCAAGAGCCAAGCUGCCUGCUUGAGCUCCCGUUUAGGCUGCGGUGGCAGCUGUAGCUGUGGCCAAGGGGCUACCUGGGGGCCUCCAGGCUCCAUUGGCUGCUGUAGCUGCUGCUUCAGGGGACAAUCACGCACUUCUCGGGGGCACUGUCUGAUAGUUUAGGUGGACUGUUGCCCACCAGAAGACUGCCAGUCUCCUGGACUACUUCUGUACUGCUGCUCUGGCAAGGAGGCAGGAGCUGCGUGGAGUGGGAGAGGGAUCAGCUGGACCCCUCCCUUAAGCAGGUAGAGGCAGCCGGCUGCUCAGAACCCUCCUUCCCGAAGUCCUGGGGAGGCAGCAGGGGGAAUCUGCUUUGAAGUUAGCGUCUGGGUGUGCUCCUGCUGGUUCCAGAACCUCUUCCUCUGCAACCUCUGGGACGGAAAGUGUCCUUCUCAGAGCCUCCCCCACGACCCCUGAAGUUCCAGCUAAUGUGGAAGGAAUAUGGAAUUAGAAAAAUCACCAUUUUGUAACUCCUAAUGAAGUAACUGAUCAAACCAAGACUCAUCUAACGGAUGAAACCAAAGAUGAUGGGUGAUGAAGAACUUUACAAUGGGAUAUUGAGCGGCCACAACGUAACCCCACGGACGCAUCAUAGCUUCACUAAAAGUGACACAGCCAGGCACUGUGUACCUCCUGAUGUGAUGCAAGCUGAAGCACUCCUCACCACCUAUGAAGGAAUCUUGCCAAACAAACAACAAAACUGAACAGAAACCUAAUCAAACCUCUAGUUCAGACUUCCAUUUAACAGGAAAUACAGGGAAUGGAGGAACAAAUAAAAUGACACAAUAAGGAAGCAGGUAAACACCUCCAGAAUACGGACAUUCUAAAGGAAAUCUGACCCCAUUUCUUCAACUAGUGAAUGGCUGGGGGUAAAAAAUGAGAAGGGACUUAAGAAGACAACUACUACAUGGAACAAGUGGACCUUGCUUGGUUCCUACUUUGGACAGCUCAACUGUAAAGACAAUUGGGGACAUGUAAUUAUGGACUGGGUAUCUAUGAUAACAAGGAAGCAAUGCUAAUUUCGUUAGAUAUAAAAAUGGCUCGGCCAGGUGUGGUGGCUCACACCUGUAAUCCCAGCACUUUGGGAGGCCAAGGCAGGCAGAUCACCUGAGGUCAGGAGUUCAAGACCAGCCUGGCCAAGAUGGUGAA